GGACUUGUCUCAAUCAAAGAGAAACAUGCAUAAGCUUAAUGGGAUAGAAGUGAAUUCUUCAGAGAAUCAAAUUUAAAUGAUUGUAACAAUGAUUUGGUAGAUCUGUUUCCCGCACAAAAUUCACAGAUGGUCCACAAAAAAAAUACCACCGUGGCUGAGGGUAGAGCACUGUGUCUCAGAGGAUGAAUAAACAGUGGGAAAAGAGAAGGGAGGAAAUCUUUUGCAGUGACAGUGCCACAGAGAUGUUGUGUCAUAAGACUACAGCCAGAGCACCAGUGAUUUCAAGCAUGUGUUUAUUUUGCAUCUGUCUUUCAAGCUAUGUCAUGCGGUAUCCAUUACUUAGCAUCCGUGUUCAUGGCUGUUACUCCUAACUUCGUAUGUGGGUUCCCUGGAAAUGUGAGUAAUAUUCUUUUCCACAACUCCUCUGCAUCAAGUAUACAGGACAUCUGGACACUAUGGACAUCAACAGAAAACUACGUUGUAGUCCAGCUGGAAAAUGGAGAAAUUUGGGAAAUUAAUCAAUGCAGCAGAUCCAAACGAGAAGUCAGUUUGGAUCUGGCAUAUGAAUACAAAGGCAACAAGUCUGUAUUUUCGUGUUCUGAUGGAUUUCUCUAUGAUGAUACAAAGUGGAAGAGCACUGUUGUUACGCAGUGGGAUCUGGUCUGUGACCGAGAAUGGCUGGCAAAAUUAAUCCAGCCUACAUUCAUGCUUGGAGUCUUGAUUGGAGCAGUGAUUUUUGGUGACAUUGCUGACAGGCUGGGAAGACAGCGUGUUAUAUGGUUCACAAGUGCUGGUCAGUUUGUAUUUGGCAUUGCAGUGGCCUUCACAUUUGACUACUACAGUUUUGUGACUGUGCGCUUUCUUCUUGCUAUGGUUUCAAGUGGCUAUCUGGUUGUGGCUUUUGUUUAUGUGACUGAAUUUGUUGGCAUUAAAGCACGAACCUGGGCUUCUAUGCAUGUCCAUGCUUUUUUUGCUAUGGGAAUUAUGAUUGUGGCACUCGUGGGAUUUCUGGUUCGGACCUGGUGGGUCUAUCAGAUAUUUCUCUCCAUAGCAACUCUUCCCUUUGUCUUGUGCUGCUGGAUGCUCCCAGAAACACCUUUUUGGCUCCUGUCAGAGGAAAGAUAUGAAGAUGCACAAAAAGUGAUUAAUACAAUGGCAAAAUGGAAUAAAGUAAACACUCCCUGCAAAGUUUCUGAACUGUGCUCAGUCCAACAAGAUGAUCCAGUCAAUGGCAGAAUGGGUGAAAAUGACAUGUCCUCAACAAAGAAGCACAACAUCUUAGACCUGUUCUGUAACUGGCAAAUUGCAAGAAGGACCAUCACGGUCUGGCUGAUCUGGUUCACUGGGAGCUUAGGGUACUACGUCUUCUCCCUCAGUUCUGUCAGUCUAGGAGGCAGCGAGUAUUUAAAUCUCUUUCUCAUAGGACUUCAGUAUAUUAAUUAUUUUAGCAAAUAUGGCUGGAAAAUUUUCAAUAGGUGUGGCAUUUGGCCUUAUAUAUCUCUACACAGCAGAACUGUACCCAACAAUUGUAAGAUCACUUGCUGUUGGAAGUGGAAGCAUGAUGUGCCGUGUAGGAAGCGUGGUUGCUCCUUUCUGUGUAUAUCUGAGAAGUGUUUGGAUUUUCAUGCCACUUGGCAGCUGAAAAAGAAGGGCUGUGCUUGUCCAUGGACUGCUGGGAGGCUCGCUGGGUGCGCUGAGAACCACACGCUAUUUCCACAGCUACCAGUGCUGAGUGAGAAGGUACGUUUCUUUUUCCUCUGCCUCUGUAUCCUGGAGAUGGCAGCACCCAAGGUCGCAGUGGUCGGCGCGGGAGUCAUCGGCCUGUCCACAGCACUGUGCAUUGUGGAGGCUUGUCCCAGCUGCUCUGUGACAGUCCUUUCAGACCAGUUCAGCCCCAACACAUUGAGUGAUGUUGGUGCUGGGAUGCUCAUUCCUCACACGUACCCAGGCACACCGAUUCACGUGCAGAAGCAGUGGUUCAAAGAGACUUUCACUUACCUUUUUGCCAUCAGCAACUCAGCCGAGGCAUCAGAGGCUGGCAUUCACCUGGUCUCUGGGUGGCAGAUCUUUAAAAGCACUCCCAAGGAAGAGUUACCUUUCUGGUCAGAUGCAGUCCUGGGUUUUCGACUAAUGUCCGAAGCAGAACUCCAGAAGUUCCCACAGUACCGAUUUGGUCAAGCCUUUACGACACUGAAAUGUGACUGUCCACCCUACCUGCUGUGGCUGGAGAAAAGGUUGAAAGCAGCUGGCGUCCAGAUGUACAACAGAAAAGUUUCAGACUUGUGGGAGCUGCACAGUGAAUAUGACAUCGUUGUCAACUGCACAGGCAUUGGAGCCCACCAGCUAGUGGGGGACAAGAAACUCUUCCCUGUCAGGGGACAAGUACUCAAGGUUUAUGCUCCUUGGGUGAAAAACUUCAUCCGGGACGGGGAUGGCUUAACUUACAUCUACCCAGGGAUACACAGGGUAACCCUGGGGGGAACCAGGGAAAAGGAGAGCUGGAGUCUCUCCCCUAACCCUGGCACUACCAAAGACAUCUUUGACAGAUGCUGCUCCCUUGAGCCCUCACUGCGGGAAGCUCAGGAUAUCAAGGUGAAGGUGGGCCUGAGGCCAUCCAGGCAGAGCGUGAGAUUGCAGAGGGAGGUUUUGAGCCAAGGAGGAGUUAAGCUCCCAGUGGUCCACAACUACGGGCAUGGGGCAGGUGGCUUUUCAGUGCACAGGGGCACAGCCAAAGAGGCUGCUCGCCUGGUGGGAGAGUGCAUUGCUGCCCUGAGAGGCUGUUCAUCAGGGGCCAAGCUUUGAAUCUCAGAGGCUCCUUUUCCAUUUACAGCAGGCUAGUGUUGCAUCUCCUAGUAGCAGCUUGGACUUUUACUCCAUUACAGAAUAAAAGGAAAGAAACUAAGUCAACAACUUGUGCCAUUGCAGAUAUUCAGUGGUAUCUCACCUGGCUUCCAGCUGCUACCUUGGAAAGGCAUGGUGGUUUGCUCCAAGUAUUGGUCUAGCUGUUCGUCUCCUCUAUGUGGCAUUGUUGCUGCCCUGGGCCUUUGUCCUAGCCUCAUGUUAAGAAGACAAGAUACAUAAAUACUCUCCACAUAACAGGGAUCACAUUGCUGCAGUAUAAUACAAAUAACAUCAGUUUAGCAUUUCUGUGUCUAAAGGGUGUCAGAUGCACUAGGUUCAGAUUCAGUAAAAAUCAGUUCUCUCCUCUUGUGCCAAAUCUAAUCUAGUGUUGCCCUUGCUCCUGCCAUUCCUAGCAAAUUCUAUCAUUGACUACAUAAUUUACAAGGAAAAGAAAACCCCACACAGUGCUGCAUUACAGCACUCCAGGUCAGCUCUUACAAUGUUAGGUCAUUGUCUGCCACAGUGAUUUUAAGAGCAGGUCUGUGAUACUGAUCACUGCAUUUGCUCAUAUUACACCUCAGAGAACUUAGUUUCUGCUAACAUUGCCCCAUAUGAACUACAGUUUUGUGCAUCUUUUCUCACGCUUGUUUGCAAGUCUGUUUUUUUUCCUCCAAGUCUCUCAGAUUUUGCUCUCACAGAUGAUUUCCCCCCCACCCUGCAUAGC